UGCUCCGAGCUGGCUGCGCCUCCUCUGUGCAUCUACUCCUCGCACACACCAGCUUCCAGAUCUCUCUUCUGACGCACACGCAUGUGUAUGUAUGUGUGUGUCUCUAUAUACCGUGUAUAUAUCUAUGCAGUUGUCUGUUGCACACGCACAUGCACACAGACACCCAGCGCGCUAGGCUCCUAGAUUUUCUUAGGCUGCUGAUGUCGGAUUUACAGGCAGUGAAGGGACCAGCAUUGCAAAAGGGGGCGUGACAGUUUAAAUAUCCCCCCAAAAAAACAUUUUUUUUGCGAAACUGACUUUUGUUCCCCCCCCCUCCCCCGCCGCUGCAUUCAAGUUUAUUUGCUUGCUAGGGCGGAAUAUUUUUUCUUCAGAGGGAAAAGCUGCUGGGCAAGACCAAGACGAAGGUUUGAUUUGUUUUCUGAUGUAGUCCUCUGAGGGGUGCUUGCUUUCCUUCCCCCUCCCUUCGCUCUUUCAAACUGUUUCGUCCUUUUUCCCCAAGUCGAUGGUUCAGGGAUGGACCCUGCUUUAUUCUAACACAGACACUUGGGGAAGCCGAAGGAGGAGAUUGCUGCUGCUCGUCCUGCGGCUCCAGCUCGUUCCCUAUGCAGAGGAGGCGGCUUGACACCAGCAUCACUAGAGGAGUUUGUGGGCUUUCAGUUUCCCCUUCUGUGAGGUUCGGCUGGUUUUACAGCCUCUCCUAAAACACCCUGAUUUCCAUCUGCUCGCGUCCCGCGCCGCAGAACUGCUUGGAUUGGCCGCUUUUUGUGCCGUUGCUGUGGCUCGCUCCGUAGUGCAUCCAGCGCUCAGGAACAGGAAGGACAAAAACCCACCCCACGAAGUCUCCUCCAACCAAGACACACUCUGUGCUGCAGAGCAGGCUCCCCAACUCCAUCCGCGCAGCAGCCAGACUCUUCGGGGCUCGCCUGCUGCCAUUCCGCAGCGGUGGGGGGACAGCGGCAAACUUUGUACUUGUGGCACGGAUUCGCCUCCCGCACGGCCCAGCUGCCUGGACACGUUCCCAGGACCCCGGGGGGAGGGCGCCAGGGGCAAGAUUUGUAGCUGCUGCUGCUGCUUCCUCUCCAUCCUCGCGCGCUUACCUGAACCGGUUGCAGCUGCCUCCAGAGCCGGAGGGCUGCGAAGGAAGGACGGACAUUGAACCCCCUCCCCGCAUGUGCCACGAGCCACCAAGUAACUUUGCAAGAGGCCGGAGAGCGGUGCCUUGAGAGGAGCCACCCCCACCCGCAGCCUAGCGCUAACAGCCUCCCGGCGCCGGUGUAUGUCUCCCCGUGGGCUCCGCAUUGAACUCCCGGUGAAUGUUCCCCGCCCGCCGCCCGCUGCUGCCGCCGCCCGGCUCGGAUCUCACCUCCCCCUGCCGGGGUGACUAAGCUCCAGCGGCUCCCGAAGGGACCCAAGGACCCCCCCCCUCCGCACACCCUGUUGGGGGGGCGUCUCGCUGCGGCUCGUCAGUGCAGCCUCCUUGUGACCCCCUCCCUGCCCUCUCCGUGUGUCUGGCUGUGACUUGACUGACUGACUGAUCCCCCGGCGGCGGCGUGGGCCGGGACUCAGUGAUGUUGCACGUGGAGAUGUUGAUGCUGGUGUUUCUGGUGCUCUGGAUGUGUGUGUUCAGCCAGGAUCCCGGCUCCAAGGCGGUGGCCGAUCGCUAUGCUGUCUACUGGAACAGCACCAAUCCUAGAUUCCAAAGGGGUGACUACCACAUUGAUGUCUGCAUCAAUGAUUAUUUGGAUGUGUUCUGCCCUCACUAUGAGGAUUCGGUGCCAGAAGAUAAGACUGAACGCUAUGUUCUUUACAUGGUGAACUUCGAUGGCUAUAGCUCCUGCGAUCACACCUCCAAGGGAUUCAAGAGGUGGGAAUGUAAUCGGCCACAUUCACCGAAUGGACCAUUGAAGUUCUCAGAAAAAUUCCAGCUCUUCACUCCCUUCUCUCUAGGAUUUGAGUUCAGGCCAGGCCGGGAAUAUUUCUACAUCUCUUCUGCAAUCCCAGAUAAUGGAAGGAGGUCCUGUCUAAAGCUUAAAGUCUUUGUGCGGCCAGCAAACAGCUGUAUGAAAACUAUAGGUGUUCAUGAUCGUGUUUUCGAUGUUAACGACAAAGUAGAAAAUUCAUUAGAACCAGCAGAUGAUACCGUACAUGAGUCAGCCGAGCCAUCCCGCGGUGAGAAUGCAGCACAGACACCGAGGAUAUCCAGCUGGCUUUUGGCAACCUUACUGUUCCUCCUGGCGAUGCUUUUGACGUUAUAGCACAGUAUAUUCCAGUAACCUGUCACAGAAAACAUCAGGGUCUUGGAACAACAAAGAUCCACCUAACUGCUCCUCCCAAGAAAGGGACUUUAUAUUGGUUUUGCAGAUGUCAAAAAAAAAUUUUUGGCAGAGGGGGGUUUGUUUUUUUCCUUUCAGCCUGAACUAUGAGCAAGAAUUUGAGGGGAAUAACUAGUUUCAGUUCCCAACCUUCCCCAUGACUUUCCUUGACCCCUCCAAAAAUCAAAGGACUCAAAGUGAAAAUGCCAAAUUAUAACAGUGAUACUAGUGAUUCUUAUUUUCCUCUUCAUUCUCCUUUAAGAAGUCACCUCCACUAGCUCUCUGUGUCAUCUGUAUAUGGAUACGGAAGAAUAGUGGCAGAUGCAGUCAGUGAAGGAUAAGGAACCUGAGUGGAAGCCCAGGAGGGUUUUACUCUCCAAUACAAUAUUUAUGCCUUCUCGUUCAGUACUGUAAGAUGAUCAUGCAAGGCAUCAUGUCACCAUGUCAGGACUGGAGGGGAAAUAUUAAGAACAGAUAUAACACUAUUUUCUCUAGGAGUUUCUAAAUGAACAGACUUCUAAAAGGAAGAGACACUGUUUCUUGUAAGACUGUCUUGAAACAUCAUUGACAGUAAAAACCUAUGCUCCAUAAGAGAAGCUCUGUCUUUAGAAAAAAAAUAUUAAUAUUUAGGAAUUUAGCACACAGCAAGCAAGGCCAGAUUUAGGAAACUUAGCUGGGGGUGCGAGUGCCUCUGUUAUUUCUAUUUAAGUGGGUAGUGCACACCAGAUUAUUUUCUUUCAAAACAGAUCACCAUGGU